CUGCUGGUCUCAUUUCAGUCAGCUGUAGAAUGGAGGGAACAUCUGUCCAGAGGCUGCUGGUUCUGGGCUCUCUGCUGUGCUGCACAACAAACCAAGCUCAUCUGACUGUGAGUCCCAGCAGCUCUCAGUUCUUUAAAAGAGACUUUGUGUCUCUGAGCUGUGAGGAGGACGACAGCUCUGCUGGAUGGACUCUGAGGAGAAACACCACAAAACGACAGAGAACUCAGUGUGGAGAUGGGUGGGGAGAAGCAGCUGGUUCUUCAUGUAACAUCAGCUACAUCGUCCCAUUGGACAGUGGAGCUUACUGGUGUGAGUCCAGAGAGGGAGCAACCAGUAACAGCAUCAACCUCACUGUCUCUGGUGGACCAGUGAUCCUGCAGAGUCCUGUCCUCCCUGUGAUGGAGGGAGAUGACGUCACUCUGCUCUGUAAAACAAAGACCACUCCCUCCAUCCUCUCAGUUACUUUCUAUAAAGAUGGCUCCUUGAUCAGGAAUGAGUCUACAGGUCACAUGACCAUCCACCAUGUUACCAGGUCUGAUGAAGGCCUCUACAGGUGUAACAUCAUCAGUCAUGGAGAGUCUCCAUCCAGCUGGAUCACUGUCACAGAGAAACCUACUACCACAGCUCCUCCCACAUCUACACCCCCAUCUCGCAACAAUGCUGAGGCCACGCCCCCUCCACCAUCCUCCCUCCACCUUGUCCUCAGACUGGUCUGCCACCUGGUGGUGUUCUGUCCAUACUUCAUCUCCACUCUCCUCAUGGUGUCUUUAUGUCGACACAGACCAACAGGAAAAGACCUUCCAGUCUCCAUGGUGACAACCUCACCCCACACUGAUCAGGGAUUGGUUGAUGAGUAUGACGAUGUCUAUGAUGUCACCACAGAGCAUCACUUUUGAAGUGAUCUGGUCUCUGGUCAGAGUGGAGAGGAUUCAGACGGAAGAGAAGGAAUCUGUUUUGUUUUUUUCAGUUAGCUUUAAAUGUGUAACUUCUACAUUAUAUUUGUGCACUGAAUCCAAAGCUUUGUCCUUGAAAAUUAACUUUCUAUUAAUAAAUGGUGUUCGUCC